AUGAUCGCAGCAGUGGAAUCAAUCCUCAGCCAGACGGGAGCGACAGACGAAACGAAUAACCUCAUUCGACACCAAAAGUCCUCCCUACUCAUGGCUCAUAGGCCGCGCGAGGUGCUUUCCAAGGUCGAGCGCGAUGCACUUAAGGAACUCAGGGCCGACAACGAUCUCGUUAUCGUGCCUGCGGACAAGGGGCGCUCAACGGUCGUAUUGGACAGAACAGACUACAAUCAAAAAGCCAAAAGCUUGUUGGAGGAUCGUCAGUCCUAUGUCCCAUGUGAAUCCAACCCCAUAAAAACGCUGGCACGCGAGAUUAACGCGACGCUGUUGGCAAUGGAGAACUCAGGUGCAAUAUCGCCAAUCGACCGACAAGAAACGGCCCUAGCCCAAUUCUACGGUCUCCCAAAAGUGCACAAAGAGGGCGCUCCUCUCCGGCCUAUCGUAUCACUAAAGGGCACUCCAACCUACGGACUGGCAAAGUGGCUGUUCCAACGUCUCAAUUUCUGA